CAUCGUAUACACCGCACCGGCUUAAUCGACACAUUUCUAGUGUUUCGAAAGUGUUCGAUUGAGAAAAGAAAUUCUUGCGUCUAGAUUAUUGAAUCCAGGACUGAUGUCAGGAGUUUAAUUGAGCGGUCAUUUGCGUGACACACCUAGGUCGCCAGGAUGUCUAAAGUGGUGCCCACAGCUGCACAGUUCUUUGCCGAUGAGGGUGAUACGGGACCCGAGGAUAUCAGCCAGCGGGUGGUCGCCUUGCUGAACGAAGCUGCAACAGCUGCGAAGGAACAGCAUAAAAUUCAGAAUCUACGUACAGUGCAGGAAUUGAUCACUCAGAGAGAUCCCGGUUUACUCGAUAACUUUCUAGAUGAAAUUCUUGCUUUUCAAAAUGAUCGAAGCGUGGAUGUUAAAAAAUUUCUCGUAGGGUUUAUGGAGGCGUCAUGCAAACGCGAUCCAGCUAUUUUACCUAGGGUCGUAGCUAAUAUUCAACUGAUGCUUAAUGAAGAAAAUCCAAAUAUUCAGAAGCGAACGAUACAAGCUGCCACACAGCUCUACAAAGUUUGUUUAAAGUGGCUUUGCGCAUCCAAAAGUACCAUGAGCAUGGACGACCUUAAAAAAAGAACGUGGAAUCAUUUCCAACAAAUACGGGAGACAGUUUCUGGAUUGCUCGACAGCUACAACGAUGGAGUUCGAACGCAGGUGAUCAAGUUUAUGGAAACUGUCGUUUUAUGCCAAACAUUUCCUGAUGUGCAUUCACCACCGAAACGUGCCGAUGAUGUGGCCUUAGAUGACGCUCCCAUACACGUGGCACAAGUUAUUAAGUUGACUACUCUUGAGCAACAAGCUAAGAAAACUCUCGAAAACCUCGUAGCGUACCAUGGUGCAAAGCAUAUAUCAUCAAUAAACCUCAUGACGUGUACUCAGGCUUUAGUCAUCGUGGCAACUUCACGUGCGGAGUUCAUGCCUCGGGUUAUAGCCGCUUUGGAGAAGCUGCAUGCCAAUUUGCCGCCAACGUUAUCGAUGUCACAGGUAUCGUCAGUCCGUAAACACCUCAAAUUGCAGUUACUUUUACUAUGCAAGCACCCAGUGGCUUUGAAUUUUGCACCCCAGCUUACUGCUCUUCUGUCCGACUUGGGUGCUACGCCUCAUGAAUUAGCCAAACAACUUCCAUCGAAAUUUAUUCAGGAAUCAACCAGAAAGCGAACGAUACCUACAGAGGCUCCGAUUGCCCCUAAGAUGCCCUGGAUGAUGCCUGUUUCGGUGGGCGGAAUUGCCGAUGAUGAUGAAGACGGUGAAGCAGAUACUGGACCACGUGGCGUUGCAUAUCGAGCAGCCGACAAGGACGCUAGUCAGAGCGCUAUUGAUAUAACAGCAGCCGAUCUUACUCCGCGUCUUACGACGCUGAACGUUACAGAUAUUGUUCUCGUUAGCAUGCUUCGCCUGCCAGAGGCAAUGCCAGCUCCCUUUAAAGAGACCUACACACCGAUCGGUUCCGCGGGCACCGAACAACAAAUCUCUCAUUUGGCUCGUCUCAUGGCGUCCCAAAUGACGGAGCAAAAUCUUGGAAAGGGCGUUGAAGAGAUGAUGCGUCAAGCUCAAAUUGAGAUGAGUCAACCGCAAGAUAACCAGGACUCUGCGGAGCCAAUGCAGAUCGAAACAAUUGGCGGUACUAAAAUACCUGGGUCCAAAAAAACAACGAAAGAACCGGAAGUUCGAGAAGAAGCUUUGCCACCGCUACUGCCCUCAGGCGCCGAGAUCCCUAAAAUGCGAGCCCUUCACCUAAAUCUAGCAGAGGUCACUCGACCAAUGAACAAGGAAGAACUGGAAAGCUUUAUGGUUUCGACAGUACGUAGACUCCUGAAGACGGGACUGACAAAACACUCGAAAGCGCAGCUGAAGACGAUUGCUGGCGUGGCUACGCAGCAGCGUGGCGAUAUAGCGGAGCUGAUCCGUGAAUUCAUUUGCAAGAAUGUUCGAGCGAACUCGGACCUUGUCAUGAUGUGGCUUUUCGAGGAAUAUACGGCCGAUCUUGCUCUCCCAAAUUCAGACCCACCGUUAAAAAACUACUCACAGUGCGUUCAUGAUAUCCUCAUGGAUCUACUUAUCAAGGUAGAGACACGGGAUCGAGACGUGAUCUUUCAAAGGGUAUUCAUGGAGGCUCCGGUUGUUACAGAGAACGCUAUUGAUAUUUUGCAACAAUACUGCCAAAAUGAAGUGUCAGUUAACCACGGACUGCACAUUUUACGUUCUCUAAUUGAAUAUAGACCCAUCCGCCAAAAACACUAUCUUGAGCUGCUGCUGCAAUUGACAACCAACCACAUGGAGGAGGUGCGACAGCAGGCCGUCAAACAGUGCUUAAUUCUCGCGCAGAAAUCAACCGAGAUGAAAGAAGCGGUUGAGAAUUACGCUCUUCAGCACCUCCGGGCACUGCUAGAACCAUCGCCACCAGCUACCCUUUACCCAAAUCAACAAGAGGGUGACAAUGUUUGGUUAGAGGAUGAUGUAAAAUUGUGUAUGACACUUUAUCUGGCCCUGCUGCCGGUUAAUCACGCACUGAUACACGAUCUGGCGCACGUUUAUGUAGCAGCACCGACCGAUACAAAAAGAACGAUACUUUGGUCGCUUGAGCAACCCGUUAAAGGAAUGGGCAUGGAAAGCCCUGAACUGUUAUUGUUGCUUGAAAAUUGCCCGAAGCACGCUGAGACGUUGAUCACUCGAAUCCUGCAUCUUCUCACUGAACAAAAUGCGCCAUCAGCAGAGCUUGUGCGCCGAGUGCGUGAUUUAUACCAUAAACGAGUGGGUGAUGUACGUUUCCUUAUACCGGUAUUGACAGGUCUAACUUAUAAGGAAGUGGUAGCAGCACUACCAAAAUUAAUUAAACUGAACCCGAACGUCAUUAAAGAGGUAUUCAAUCGGUUGCUUAGUUGUGGUGAGUCUGGUGGCCCGAUAUCGCCAGCAGAUCUGCUAGUUGCUUUACACAACAUCGAACCAUCAAAAUGCGACGUUAAGACAGUGAUCAAGGCAACGGCCCUGUGCUUCGCUGAACGAAGCGUCUAUACACAAGAUGUCCUGGCAUUAGUACUACAACAGCUCAUGGAGCAGAACCCUUUACCCACACUGCUUAUGCGAUCUGUGAUCCAAUCAUUGACACUUUAUCCACGUCUGCUAGGCUUCGUGAUGAACAUCUUGCAAAGACUUAUAAGUAAGCAGGUGUGGAAACAGAAAAAGGUUUGGGAAGGAUUUAUAAAAUGCUGCGAACGCGCUCAGCCACAGAGCUUGCACGUUAUCAUUCAACUUCCGGCCGAACCUUUACAGGAGCUUUUUAAUGAGGCGCCAUCUCUUAAGGAGCCCUUGAUACAACACGUCACGUCACUCACACAGCAUCAGAGAUCUCACAUUCCGUUGUCGGUGCUGAAGAUCCUGUUUCCCGAAGAUGUCGCUUCACAGGUAGCGACUGAAAAGGAGGCUCGAGUGGGAGAGCAACAACAGCCGAUGGAACAAGACGACAGUAGUCAGUCUUCUUCCAGAGGUAGAGAAUAAUGUACAUCUAAACAACAAGUCAGUCGGCGACUGUUAUCUCCAUAUCGCUGACCACUCUUCUUAAAGUAAUGUCCUGUAAUAAUCUAGUUAUCAUCGUAAGCGACGUUAUAAAUUUCAGACCAUACAAGUCGGAGGGUCAAAAAGUUUGUAUGUAAUAAUGUAAGACAAUGAUUAAUGUAAAGGGAGAGAAGCAAAACCCAAAUUAUUUUUUGUGCAUUUGUCAAUAGAUAUUCAGCUUUGUCAUGGUGUUAAGAUAAUAAUUAUUGUUUCCGGUGAGUGGGAUGUGAAUUCGAAGCUAUAAUAAAACGACGCCCUUAUAAAAGCAGUUAUAAGGCUGGAUACGUGAUAUUUAGAAUUUUCCUAUAUAAGGGCUGUGAAAUAGAUUUGGAUUAGGGUUUUGCGAAUCGAAUGUUCAUUAAAAUGACCCUCUGUGGUCGUAUAACAGCUUUUGCAGAGCCCGUACGGAGCCCUGCUUUAAUAAAUCCGUCGCUAUAAAUUUAUAUAAUUUCCAAGAUAAUUUACUUGUGAAAACGUAUUUUGUUAUAUACGCAGAAACUGAAUAGUGUAUGGCUGAAAACAUUUAUUAUAGGAAAUGAUAUGCAGACAUUAUUUUAACGAACAUACAAUUGAGAUUUAUGAGUGUAUGCACUAGAAACUGCUACAGAUGCAAACAGAAGCAGCAUUAAUUUUUGACAAUUUGGAUGAGAUAAGGACAACUGAAGUAUUGCUUUGUUGAAUAUUCAAAUCACUUCUAAAAAGAGGAGCUGUAUAGAGUAUUGAAAUCGAAGUAAUAACUGAAAAAAGCUUCCGAGAUGAAGUUAAGUAUUGAAGCAUAUUAAACAUCUGAGUUUGGUUUUUGUAUAAAUGAAGGUGUGCGUGAGUUCAUUGUCGUACUGAAAAAUAUCUUCGUAGUGAUCGUUUCGAGCACGUUUGCAAACUACACAACUCUCAACCCUAACAAUUACUCCUUGGCAUAUAUAGGGGAGGAUGGGGCUGUAUGGGUGCUUCUUCCACAAGGUGACCGAAGUAACCUUAUUAUAAUUCGUUAAUUUCCAAGAAAGUAUCAAUUGAUUAAAAGAUAUCUAUGCCUAUGUUGACCCAAUAGGUAAGGUUACAUAGGCCAAAGAUGCAGCUAUUUGGGCCACUAAUGAUUUCAUGCAAAGUAGUCAGUCAAUCUACAAAACGGAAGACCAAACGUUUUUCUUCAAGAAAGACUGUGAUUAUGGCUAGAGAAGCCAAUGUUUUAUAAUCAUUUAUUGCCAAGCUAGGCAGAUAAUUUUUUAGGAUUCAUCUAUCAUAGAACCACACACAGUUUUGUUGUGCAAUGUGAAAUCGACUUCUGAAUGGGUGAUUUUGUUACGAAUAAUUAUUCAGGGUGAAUUCUGAUCUUAUUAUAAGCAAUGUGGUCCAUAUGUCAACGAUGUUGUUUUAUCCGAACGAUGCGUUAUGCCAAUAAAGUCGUGAAAAUGUUUUUCAAAAACAAUGUGACGCAUUGUCAAACGGCAUGUUACGAUUCAGCCUUAGUUGAACUUGACCUAUGUACACAUAUAUACACACACACACUCAGUUACUAUGGGCUAUGAGGCUACUUGGUUCCUUCAAUUUCUUUGUAAAACUAAUACGAGUGGUAUUUUGUUUCACAAAUGCUCGAAACACAGUAGCCCAUAUAGACCGCAGCUAAAUGGCUUUAAAGUCACAUGCUUUGGGCAGUAUGUUCCGUCGAGUCAGCGUUAACGUCAUUUGAAAACUGGAGUUUGGUUGCAGUAGAUGUACUGAUAUAGUUAAGAUACCUUUAUUCCGACUUAAAAUAGAGCGCCUUGAAGGUAAAUUGUCUGCAAAUAAUUUUUAUGCGUCUGCACACAUAAAAAUUGUACUUUUUAUGACACAGAUCGCUAUUACUUUUCAUUAUACAUCAGCCGCUUGAGAAGUGGCUCGAAUUCGUUAUGUUUCUGUAGAGUUGUGCAAACACAAAUGCGGAUAACAAAAUUUUCGUACGGCACUCAGACGUGGACUUUUUUGUACUCGACUUCCUUCGAAUGGUUUAAAACUUGGUGGUUCGUGGUGGAGGUUCAGUACCUAGGCGAUAUCAUGGUUACUCACGUGUUGCUUUCGCUCAACUUUCUAAAUAACUUUAUCAAGUCUAUACGUAGUGCGGCCUGUUGUACUAGGCGUCAACUAGCCUCAUUUUUUUACUCUUACUGAAUGCAUAAUCUAUCUGCAAUUUGAGUUAUUCCUUUUUGCGGCGAAUAUGUUAAUCUACGUAAGCGUCCACCAUCAAUGGUUAACGUUAGUAAUUCGACCAGUCUUGAAAUACGGACUAAGGAGUUCAAAUGGCACGCGAGUCAUUGCGUCUUGACACCCGAAGAUGACAUAAAAUGUAGACGCAUUGCUAUUGUGUUGUUCCAUGGUUAAACGAUAAACUACUUAUACUCCUCCUACCUAGAAUUUGUAGACUGCAAGCGUGAUGUUUGAGACCCGAAAUAUGGUAAUUUGUGCCUAGUCAAGAUGAAGCCAUAGGAUACUCUAGUAGAUGUCUACAGCUUUGAUAUGCAAAUCGAUAAUCUGAUCUGGAUAUAGGACAAGAGGCUAAUCAAGUAACUAUUUUUGCCGAAAUUUCUUUUAGGAUAGGGUAUACCUUUGGUUUCAUCCCGUCAGUCAAACGAGCCUGGACAGAAUUUAUCCUCAUAUCAUAAUUAAAUUGUAAAAUAUAGCAGACUUUUUGCUCAGCUUCAAAGUGCUGAAUUUCCAUUCAGAAUAAAGGCAUUCCAAAAAUUUGACCACAUUAAGUUUUGUCAAAUUUCAGCUUCCAAACGACAUCAGUCAACUGAUCAGCCGACCCGACGCGACUCAUAUUACUUGAGACGUACUUUUCUACAACCCAAUGCAAUGACUAUAAGACUGGAUUGUAGUUAGCUUUGAUUUAGGGGAAACUGUAAUAGAACGAUAAAGUGGUUAUUUUGCUCGUCCAUCGUCCAAUGAAAAUUCAACAAAAUGAAACAAAAUACUUAGCUGUUCUAUAUAGCCCCAUCUACUGAACUUUGAUUAAGAAUACAAUAACGCGAAUUGUACUUAACUUCCAGUUUUUUUAGCAGUGUUCUUUUUUAGCUAUAAGUCGAAAGACAUGUCUCCGAAAUAGCGUGUAGAGCUAGCAUUAGUUUUUCAGUUUGAGCAGCUUUUUCGAAAAGUGCCACGUUAGAAGCGUCUUCUACGAUCUCCUAUAAUAACGGAAUGACACCACAAGUGUCAGGAAGACCAGUUGUCCAUGUGGUUGUUAAGGAUGAAAACACUGAUCGUAGUACCUUAAGGAUAACUGCUCUGUUACAAAAACUUUACUGAAGACGACAGUGUUUAACGUAGCUGUAUGUACAUAUGUACUCUUAACCUAUUUUAUGUAAACAGAUAACGUUUAAAUGCCGCCUAACAUUUUCUCGAGUUUUUUAAAUUGAUUGCCGCAUUCAUUCUAUUUUACUUAACAGCGUCAAUAUUUCUUUGAUCUAGGUGAAUCACAAUUGUUUCCUUAACUAAAUCCAGAGGAUUCAAGUAGUUACGUUCUAGACCAGAAUUGUUUCGUCGAAAUUGUUCUUUAGAUUCCUAGAAUAAGUCCCUGUUGGAUAUUCUAAUUUUAGCUGCGUCCACACAAUUGCUUUAAAAUGCAAUGCCUACGGUAAUGCAUAACAAUACUUCUCAAUGGUUACUUGGUGAUGUUCCCUAAUUAACUAAGCAUACAAUACAAAGAUCAUAAAU